AUGAAGCACCUCGCCGCUUACCUCCUCCUUGGCCUCGGCGGCAACACCGAUCCCUCCGAAGACGAUAUCAAGGGUGUUCUCUCCUCCGUUGGAAUUGACGCCGAUGAGGAACGUCUUUCCAAGCUGCUCGAAGAGUUGAAGGGCAAGGAUAUCGACGAACUGAUCGCUGAAGGCUCAACCAAACUUGCAUCUGUCCCAACUGGUGGUGCUGCUGCCGCCCCCGCUGCGGGUGGUGGUGCUGCUGCUGGCGGUGCUGCUGCUGAGGAGGAAGAGAAACCUGCCGAGAAGGAAGAGGAGAAGGAAGAGUCCGACGAGGAUAUGGGCUUCGGUCUGUUCGACUAA